AGAAAUCCCAGGUUUCUGGCUGAUAGCGUCGAGCAGACGAAGUCCAGCACGCAUAUGUCUGUGCACACCCCAGCCACCACUAUCUUUGUGAUGGCAUUCUUGGCAACCCAGUCGACAAAAACGUUGGACCCAUCUUCCUGUAUCGAUUCCCAAGAACCCAUCGAAGCAGUCCUUCCUUCUGAUUGUCACGUUUGGUUCCUUCUCAAGCCAACUCUAAAG